CACAAUCUUUCCGCCGGCGGCCUGUGCUGGUAGGACAUGCGGCCGCGUCACUUCCUCCCCACGUGAAUCGCUCCAGACAUGUGAGGAGCGGUACCGUCCGCAGGGGUUUUUUUUUCUUCACGUUUUAAGUCCACUAGCUCACAUAUUCCCACUUUAUGGUCAUCGUUAACAGGACAAUGGAGUCAGUAGAGGAGGAGGCGCUGCUCGGCCAGGAGUCAGAGGAGGAAAACAGUGAAUUAUCGGACGAUGAGCUUCAAGAAGCCUUCACAAAAGGGUUGCUGAAACCCGGGAUGAACGUUCUGGUGGAUAAACCCAAGAAGUUUGUCAACAAUGUGGAGGGUUUGAAACAGUGCCUCGCUGACUUCCGCAAAGACCUUCCCUGGUCGGAGAGGAUGGAUCUGACCAACUUGCCGGCUGAAGACGUUCUUUCCAAGGCUGAAGGGAAAGUUCCUAUUCUGAACAAUGGAGAACUCAAUGCGGACGAUGAUUUCCAGAGGGAGAUGUUCUUCUACCGUCAAGCUCAGGCUACAGUCCUUGAGGCACUGCCCCUCUUAAACAAGCACGGCAUAGCCACCAAGAGGCCUGACGAUUACUUUGCAGAGAUGGCCAAGUCCGAUCAGCAAAUGCAGAAGAUCAGGAAAAAGCUCAUCUCAAAGCAGAUGAUACUGGAGAAGUCGGAGAAGGCCAAGAAACUGCGCGAGCAAAGGAAGUUUGGCAAAAAGGUCCAAAUAGAAGUGAUCCAGAAGAGACAGAAAGACAAGAAGGCUAUGAUGUCUGCUGUGAAGAAAUACCAGAAAGGAAUGACCGACAAACUGGAUUUCCUGGAAGGAGACCGGACGACUGGUAAAGACUCUUCUCAGGGCUCAAAGAAAGCCUUGAACAAGAAAGGCCCCAACGCCAAGAGAAAAUUCAAGGACCAGAGGUUUGGCUUUGGGGGCAAGAAGAGUGGUAAGAAGUGGAACACCAAAGAGAGCCACAACGAUGUUUCCAGUUUCCGCGCCAAGGUGGCUCAUGCAAAGGGCGGCAAGGGAGGGAAGAAGGGCAAAGGAGGAAAACAAAAUAAACGCCCGGGCAAGUCUGUACGCAAGAAGAUGAAGGCUCGCUCGUAAAAACUGACAGGCUGCUCAACAGACUGGACUGAGACUUGCUUCUAGGCAGGAUUUCCCCACACCUGCUCCCGGAUCUCUCCUCAGUACGCCUCAGGAGACAUGUAGGGGAGAUCUCCUUCACUUUUUUACUUCAUUUGUACAAUCUGCCGUCGGUAAAAUGUGUUUGGAUUGAUAUGGAAACCCCCGUCAAUCCACAGACGGAGAGAGAUCUCCUGCCAUAUUGCUAAGGAAGCUCUUCAGAGGAUUAUCACUGGUGACGAAAAGACUAAGAGUGGACUGCAUAAAGCUACGCAAAAUACAGUAGUAUAGAUAUUUUCCCACAUGCGAUUUCCAUAAGGCUUGUAAAGAAAAAGAAUUUGCAGGUGAAGAAAUUUUCAGAGACAAGUUUUUAUUGUUUGUGGCCCUUGUCUCGAUAUGCCUGUCAGAUUACACCCCAGAAUUUCGACCAACCUCCUGCCAUCCUACUUACAUUUUGUGUGCUCUGCAGAGUUCGGGGAAUUCUGUUUUUAUUUUUUUUCUCUAACUCAGCUCCUUGAUUCUCCCUCGUGUGAUCUGACAUUUUAUAAUAUUGAGCAGCCGCCAGCAUUGCCCUUUCCCCGUUCAUUAAUAUGAUUAGUAUGUGAUGAGCGAGUGUGCUUUGUAUGGACCCGUGUGAAUGUUUUCCCGUGCAAGUGUUUUUUCUUAGUUUGCAAAGAUGGAAAUGUAAAAGGGCAACUUCUGGUGCUGACACCUGAAUGUUUGUACGAUAAACAAAUAAAUCUGGACAUGGGUGUUCACUUUA